UCGUUGACCAGAUGGGGGGGGGGGAGGAGGGGGGAGGAGGAGGGAGGGAGAGGCUCCAGCGUUCGGUGCUCCGGCCGGGAAAUGAGCGCACCCCGACUUGUGGCCCAGCGCCUGCCACCACAGACUGGCACCCACAAGGAAGCUGCUCUCGGGACCACGGACACCGUAGCGCGCUCUGGGCUCCCUGCCACCCCCCAUCGAGCCCAGUCAGCCCAUCCAUGAAUUGCCAUGAAUCUCGGAUGCCUGUGGAGUGCCACCCCCGAGAAAGCUGCCGCCUCUUUUUUUUUGUUGCUGUGUCGGCCACCACCUCAUGCUCCGUCACCUCCCUCCCUCCCCCCUCGAGCCCCAGGCCUUCUCUUCUCAGCCCAUCUGCAGCUCGACCCUCGCAUUCCCCCGUCCCGUGCAGUGCAGUCCAGGUCCAGCCCAGGCCAGCCCUGCCCCAGCCCUACCCCUGCCUCUGUGGCCUCUGCCUUCCGUCCUCCCUCCCCUCCCCUCCCCCCAUUGACCGACCGCCCCGAAAAAAGCCACCAUCUUGUCUCGCCGUUCCGUGCGAGCAAAAAUCCUGCCCAUUGUCAUCCGUCCAUCCAUCCUCUUCGGCUGCCGUCUUCUUCUCCCUCUUCUCUUCCCUUCUGGACAGCUCUGCUCUCGUCGACUUCCCCCCCUUCUGUCUGCUGCCAGUUUUUGGUCGGCCCAUCCCCCCAUCUGCGGCCGUCAGGAUCCUCGAGUCGCAUCCCAUCCCGUCGGGCUCAAGCACCCGGACUCUGGCGCCUCUGGUCCCCCGGAUCUCCGAACCAGAGCCAGCCUCUUGUCGGCAGCAAACACGCACCACCGCCACCACCACCACCACCACCACCACAAACAGCAACAACAACAACAGCAACAUCCAUCGCCAUAGUUGCAAGAGCCGACGGCUAGCUAGCCUGCCUGCCCCUGCGUCGCCGUCUCCCAGCGAGUGCGCCGCGUCGCGUCACAUCGCAUCGCAUCGCAGCGCAUCCCUUCACAUCGCCCAAACCGGCCGCCCCCAAAGACCGCCAUCCAGCCAGCCAGCCAGCAUGUCGGCUGUCCGCGCGACGGCCCUUAGGGCAGGCGGCGCCUGCGUGCGCUGUCGCAAGGGCAAGACCAAAUGCGUCUACGAGAACGGGCGGGCGCCGUGCAAGAACUGCUCAAAGGGCAUGCACGACUGCUAUCUGCCCUCCGAGUCCAUGAGCCACGGUGGACACGGCGUCUCCCCUGCACGCGCAGCUCGCGCACGCGAGACUCUGCCCAGCGAGCGAGCCUCCGGACCUGCCACCGCCGACCGCCACGGCUCUGCACUCCCGACCACAGUCGUCUCGCGUAACUCGGCGCCUGCAACCGAAAAGCUUGGCCCGGACAUGCUCGAGCAGUGUGAGAGGGUCAUCAACAAGGUCCUGCCGGCAUGUGUCGCCUUCCACCGCCCGUCAUUCAUCCAGUCCCUCAGGAACAAUGCCGUUGACAGCGUCAUGGUCAAUGCGCUCUUGUGCACUGCUGCCCGUCACUCGCCGACCCUGAUCCAGCGCUUCGGCAGAGGCCAGGGCUCUUCCCAGGCGGCCGAGCACUUCGGCCUCAAGGCCAGCAAUUUCAUCUGGCUGUCACUCGACCAUCCCACCCUGGCGGAUAUCCAGGCCCUCUGCUUGAUGGUCAUUCAUGAGUGGGGCUCCAGGAGCGCCGUCCGCGCCUACAUCUACCUGGGCCAGGCUGCUCGCAUGGCCCAGAUGUACCGUGUUGUUCACAACAACGGCCAUUCGACCGAUCCCGACCGCUUCCUCCAGGAGGAGUCUUUCCGUCGGACCCUGUGGCUCAUCUACAUCCUCGACUGUUUCUUGACAAGCAGCCCUGGACGCUUCCCCGCCCUGUCCGCACUCGACGUCAAGGAUGUGGCACUCCCCUGUGAAGAUAUGAACUUCAACUUUGGAAACCCCGUCUACGUACGAACGCUGGACGGCACUGCGCCCCCCGCCGCCCCCAGCUCCGCCAUCAUGGCUCCCGUAGGCGAGUUUGGCCACAUCGUCCUGGCCACCGAGGCGUGGCGCAUGGUCGUGGAGAUGAUGACCACAACCACACUCGAUACCUUCAGCGAGGACCAGUGCCAGAUGCUCGAGGUCAAGGUCGCCCAGGUUCGGGCCAACCUGCCUCACCCAUUUGCCGACAGGCCGGGCCAGAUGGAAUUGCACAUCACCAUGGGCAGUGGCGUGACCUAUGCCAUGAUACACCUCCUUCUUCAUUGCGCUGCCAUCUUUAUCAAUCGGCGUCGCAUACUGCAGAUUGUCACUUCAGAGACUUUCAGCAUGGAAGGUUGGCGCAUGUCCAGCCAGAGCCAGAUGCAAUACGUCGAGCGCAUCCUGGAAUCUUCUCACAGUAUCAUAUCCAUGCUCACGGCCCUCGAGAGGGCCACGGAGCCCACGGCGGUGUGCUGCCUGCCCAUCUUCAUGCUAUUCUCGGGCUUUACUGCUGGAUCAACCGUAGCGUACCUGGCCCUAAAGGGCCUGUCGCCGCCUCACACACACGACUCCAUCCACCUCAUGGUGGAAAAGUGCCUCCAUCUCAUGAAGGAUGGUGCCGAUUCAUGGAAUCUGGUCCUGCCAUGGCACCGUCACCUGAGCGUCAUGAGUCGGGUCCUGAACGAGAUUAACAUCGGGGACGAGCAGGAGAGGGUGAGCGAGGACGGGCGCAUGCAAAUUCAGCGAUCGCCGUCGGUUAAGGACGAGAGAGUGAGCCGCGCUGAUGCACACCACGAGCCAAUGGACUACGAACAGCAGUCAGCCUCUGGUGCCUCCCAGUCCGUUCAACAGGACCCACGUGUCUCUUCCCCAGAUGUCCCCCAAGCUGCGCCUGCCGCACCCAUGGACAGCCGCGACAGCGAGCCUCCAAGACCUCGGCCAUCCGGGGUCACCACUAUCAACGGGGGCUCUGCUGGAGGCUCCACCCCCGCCGCCCUGGGGUCACCUCCAACAGCUGCGCAGGACGUCAAGCCUGAGUUCAAGCCGGACUCUCCAGUUCCCGCGUCCAACGGGUCCAACGCUGGCGGCUCGGGGUCGGCUCCUCCGCCUGCCAAGGAAAGCAGUGGUUCUGGGGUCGACAUGACGCCGGUAGAACUCUGUGCGGCUUUUGAGCGGCAACUGCUCGAGCUGGACGAUCUUGCCGCGUUCAUGGGAGGCGGAGUGGCUCCUGCCCCCAAAUAAGCGAUUCUCUUGAUUUCGGCGUUUUCUCCGCGCAAAAGUUACAUCUAGGGGCGUGGCCUCGCUUGUAAAGAUGCCAUAGGGUACUUGUUUCUCAUGUUUGGCUGGCGUACAUGCUCAAGGCGUUGUCGGGAGGACCUUUUGAACCGGCGAAGACAUCUUUUUUUUUUUCUGAUCCCCUUCUCUUUUGGUCACGGAUAACACGGGUGGUUCAGAGGGGACACGGCCGUUGUACACAGUAUUGGGUGCGUUGAAGUCCUUUUUGGUGCGUGUUGUCUGUCGGUGAUAUGUCGGUGCACCAGGACAUCAUCCGUCGUCAGCCCCUUGGACCGACAUGUUGGGGUGGCCUUGAUUUGGAAUGGGCUGCGCGAUUUGUCAUGGGUUGACGAGUAGAGUCCGUUGGGAAGCUCGACUGUCUACAGUCAAGGCGUAGGUUUGGUUGGUUCUGGGCUUUUUUUAUUGUCUGAACUUUCCCGUUUCCAAUAUCUAUGUCUGCCUCCCGCAACAGGCUCGCUUGGAGGCAGUAGUAUUGUACGAGUAUGUUCUACGGGCAAGGCGGACAAGAGCGCAAGAUGGUGGGUAUCGUGGGCGAAUAGUACGUGUACGGUGAUGGAUUCAUGGCUGAGCUCAAAUGGGCCGGACCGCGGUCUAUUUGCUUUGUCAGGUGACGGGAUAGUAAUCUGAAUGAUAUCAUGGCUACUCGACAGCCUCCUUGCUUAUAUCCAUACCUAGUCAUACCAUUUGCAGUGAAAGAUAUCGUGAUUCACAUGGUGUACAGAGAUGUGUGUUCGCGCGCGCUGCGUGAUAUAUCAUGACAGCCAAGGCGACUAACCUCUUUGCUGCCAGUGCUCGGACUUGGAGUUGGACACCAACCUGAGAAUAUGUAUGCCGGUAUAGGCAGCAUCGGUCAGGGUGUUGGACUAAUAAGCAACACCAUUUCAGAUGAGUAUAAUCUGGACGGCGG